GAAAAGAAAAAAAAAUCUUUGCCCGGCGCGGUCGCGGCGCCACACGCGUGACACACACCCGCACCGCACGCCGAGAGCCGACACCGCCGCGCCGCCGCUCCCCUUCCCCACCGCGCCGCGCGCGGCGGCGAUGGAUUCCACGGCCUGCCUCCGCCUCCCGUUCCUCCCCGCCCGGACCCGCCCCUCCUCCUCCUCCUCGUCGUCUCCCCGACGCGCCGCUCGCGCGUCCUCCAUCAAAUGCUGCACCGCCGCCUCCGACGCCGGUGCCAGUUCGGCCUCCAUCUCUUCCGCGUCGCCGCGGCGGCCGGACGUGGUGAACGGCGUGGGGCCCGCCGGCGUAGACGGCCUCGCGGGUCCGCCCGUGCCCGUACCGGACUCCCCCGCCCCCGCCUCCCGUGAUCUCCACUGGCUGCCUCGCCCUCUCACCAGCGCCGACCUGAUGGGCGUCAGCGGGGAGGGGCUCAAGGUUGCCUACCAGGGUUGCCCUGGAGCGUACAGCGAGGCGGCAGCGAAGAAGGCGUACCCAAAUUGCCAGACUGUGCCCUGUGAGCACUUCGAUACUGCAUUCAAGGCUGUUGAAAACUGGUUAGCUGACAGGGCAGUAUUGCCACUUGAGAAUUCAUUGGGUGGUAGCAUACAUAGGAACUUUGACCUUUUACUUCGUCAUAGAUUGCACAUUGUUGGAGAGGUCCGUCUUGCUGUUCGUCAUUGCCUGUUAGCCAAUCCCGGUGUCAAGAUUGAAAACUUGAAAAGUGCAAUGAGCCAUCCCCAGGCUCUUGCACAAUGUGAGCACACAUUGACAGAGUUCGGAAUUGAACAUAGAGAAGCUGUUGAUGAUACUGCUGGUGCAGCAAAGACUGUAGCAGAACAAAAUCUCCAAGAUACCGGUGCGAUUGCCAGUUCACUGGCAGCUGAACUUUAUGGACUGAAUGUUCUUGCUGAAAAUAUUCAGGAUGACAAAGAUAAUGUUACCCGUUUUAUGAUGCUGGCUCGAGAACCAAUUAUACCUCGCACCGAUAAACCAUUCAAGACUAGCAUAGUCUUUUCACUUGAAGAAGGACCUGGGCAACUCUUUAAGGCACUUGGGGUGUUUGCACUGAGGGAAAUCAACCUAACCAAGAUAGAAAGCCGCCCACACAAGAAAAGGCCUCUUCGUAUAACUGACGACAGCUUUUCCACACCGUCAAAGCAGUUUGACUACCUCUUCUAUAUGGACCUUGAGGCAUCAAUGGCUGAUCCAAAAACUCAGAAUGCUCUUGGAAAUUUGAAGGAGUUUGCAACCUUUUUAAGAGUCCUUGGAAGCUAUCCUACAGAUGUAAAUGAAGCUUAAAUAGCAAGCACCUUCUGCAUAUCACAUGCUAGAUUACCAGGGAUGGAUUGAGCGUGGGCUGUCAAUUUCACAGCGAGUUGGGAAGUCAUCAAUAAUUUCUAGACUGAUGCUAAUUUGAAGAGCAAUAAAGCAUAUCCAUGUAUUAUCGGCAAGGAAGCUGCAUGUGACUUGGUUAGAAGAUGGAAAAGAACAAAAUAGUGGGUUUUACGUUUUACUAAGAGCUUUAUAGUGAUAUACUUACCACCAUCCAUGCCCUAUAGUCCUUAUGUUGUAACUUAUGUUCUUCUAAGCAAUCAUGUUCAACAGAGGUAGAGCUCAAAGGGUUGAAUGUUUGGUAGGUGCCGGUGGUUAUAGGUAGUGGUGUAGAACAAUUUCGCUCGUUCCCAGGGGAUGCGCUGGUCAAACCCUUCAGUCGGCUUGCCACCCAACUGUUGUAUUUUCUUGUCCUGUAUGUGCUCAUGGACUCUUAGUCGUGAGCUCGUAGCAGAUAGUUCAAUCAUGUUUCCCUCGUGCCAACAUGGCACAGUACCUCAAAAUUAUUUGCUGUGUCUUUGAAAUUCUUAUGGCGGUAUUGGAAGGACAAAUGUGGGGGUUCGGUUUGUACUGGUUUGGCCAAACCUAAGCCAAACUUUCUGCCUAAGGCAGAAAAUUUGCAGUCCUUUGUUACAUUUUACUUCGGAUUGGCAGGUCAACGAGUUGCAUUUUUGUAGUAA